CACAGACAUCUUGAGCUCUCCGAGGCGCACAAUGUGUGGCCAGCACUGGAAGGUCUUAACGAAGAAAGGAUUGGUGACGCCCAAGAUCACAUUGGGCCUGAGAAGAAAUCACAGAGCCCUAUUAUCAACCUCUAUAUGAACACAGCAUCAGCCCUUAAACACCAAUAUCAGCCAUUCCAAUAUCAGGAUGCAGUAGCUAUUUCCACCAGCAGUUACCUUACUAGGGCCAGCACCGUUUCUGAAGACACAGUGGGAGACGGCGCCAUGACGACCACAGGUUCCCCAAGCAGCAUCAGUUCCCAGAGCAUCUGCAAGUGGAUCAGGACUGACUGGAAACACCUAGGCAGGUCAAAGACUUUAGACACCAGAGAUCUGAAGAUCUCCGCUGUGACGGCCAAUGGACAGGAGGCAACAUUUGCCAUGGGCACCAAGCACAGCUUCAAAGGGACCCCACUGGAGAUCACCCUUCCCUUUAGCCUGUCCAGAGGGCAGCAUGUGAUCGUGGAGGUGAGCUACGAAACUGCCCCGACUGCUUCUGCCCUGCAGUGGCUCACAGCCGAACAGACUGCAGGGAAGACACACCCCUACCUCUUCAGCCAGUGCCAGGCCAACCACUGCAGGAGCAUGGUCCCCUGUCAGGACACCCCCUCUGUGAAGCACACUUACUACGCUCAGGUUUCUGUGCCCAAGGAGCUGGUGGCAGUGAUGAGUGCUGUUCGAGACGGACAGGAGCCCGACCCCCAGGACAGCAGCCGCAUCAUCUACCGCUUCAGACAGCCCGUGCCCAUGCCCUCUUACCUUAUUGCCAUUGUUGUGGGAGCGCUGGAGAGCAGGGAGAUUGGGCCGAGGUCCCGCGUCUGGUCUGAGAGGGAGUACGUGGACAAAGCAGCGUUUGAGUUCUCUGAGACAGAGACCAUGUUGAAGACAGCAGAGGAGCUGGCGGGGCCGUACGUGUGGGGCCAGUAUGACAUCCUGGUGCUGCCGCCCUCCUUCCCCUACGGAGGCAUGGAGAACCCCUGCCUCACCUUCGCCACGCCAACCCUGCUGGCAGGAGACAGGUCUCUGUCAAAUGUCAUCGCCCAUGAGAUCUCCCACAGCUGGACUGGUAACCUGGUGACCAACAAGACCUGGGAGCACUUCUGGUUGAACGAAGGCCACACUGUGUAUCUGGAGAGGAUGAUUGGCAGGUCAAUGGAGAGCGAGCAGUACAGGCAGUUCAAAGCCAUGGGAGGUUGGAAAGACCUGCAGGAUUCAGUUAACACCUUUGGAGCCAAAAAUCCCCUGACCAACCUGGUGCCCAACCUGCACGAGGUGGACCCAGACGACGCCUUCUCCUCCGUGCCCUAUGAGAAGGGCUUCGCUUUGCUCUACCACCUAGAGGAGCUCAUGGGUGGCCCGGAGGUGUUCAUGGGUUUUGUCAAGUCCUACAUCCAGCUGUUUGCCUACAACAGUGUCACCACAGAGGAGUGGAAGAACUACCUGUUCACCUACUUCAAAGACAAGGUUGAUAUUCUCAACAAAGUGGACUGGAAUGCGUGGAUGCACACGCCUGGGAUGCCUCCUGUCAAGCCACAAUAUGACACCACCCUGGCAGACGCCUGCAUCGCUCUGUGCAAGAAAUGGGUGAUGGCUACAGAGCAGGAUCUGGGGGGCUUCACAGAAUCCGAUGUGAAAACACUGUCCUCCCACCAGCUCAUUGAGUUCCUGUCUCUGCUUCUUCAGGAGGAGCCACUCCCCUUGAGCCAUGUGAUGAAGAUGCAGGAGGCGUACAAUCUCAACAGCAUCAUGAACUCAGAGAUCCGUUUCAGGUGGCUGAGGUUGUGUGUGAGGUCCAAAUGGGAGGAUGCGGUUGCCUUGGCAUUAAAGAUGGCAACAGAACAGGGCAGGAUGAAAUUCACACGGCCUCUCUUCAGAGAGGUGUACAACUUUGAGAAGUACCGUGAAGAGGCAGUGAGAACGUUCCAGACCCACCGGGCGGCCAUGCACCCAGUAACUUCUGGUCUGACAGGCAAAGACCUGAAGGUGGAUCCUAGCCAGAGCACCAGCUUGUAGACCAGCACCCACUCUGAAACCAGUAUUACUAUAAUUACUAUCGCGAGACACACCAUCUGUAUUACCAGCAUCAGCACAUUAAGAGCACUUAGCCAUUUCCCAUCUGUCAGUUGUCCUAUCUUUCUCUCCUUUGCAAGAUGGUGUAUGGGUCUGGAUGAAGAAAAAAUACAUCUCAGGACAGAAGGGACAUCACAGUUUUAUAAUUAAAUAAAUCCCUCUGUCUUUAAAACACAGUAGUGUGCUGAUGUUUAUACUAUUUUUAGGAGACAUGGCUGUAUAAUUUUUAUUACAAUAAAACUUAUCAUAAUCUGUGGCAAA